UCCAUAGGUUACUGACAACACAUUUGGUCAGUGAGUUAGCUUGCUACACAGCUUGAUAUUUUUGUCGAAUAGUAUUAGCUGCUGUUGUUCUUGGACCUCUUGGAAUGACAGAUAAUUACUUCAGCACAACUUUGGCACACUCAAAAAGCCCAAAGGUAUCAAGGAGAACAACUUUCCAGGAUGAGCUGGAGGCUGCUGUGUCUUGCAGAGCGAGGAAAAAGUCUGACCAAUAUUCCUAUUCAGAUGACUUUGAUGAUGAUGGUGAUGAGGAUGAUGUUCUGAAAGAACUUCUGAGUUCAAGAAAAAAGCGUGUGGAUGCAUUUAAGGCUGGGAAAAGCAAAGCCAAAAUCAAUGACUUUCAGCUGUCAGAUGAUGAGGGAGAGAAUGAGAGACCGAAGAAGGUGUCGUUUAUGAAAACUCGGAGGGUGAACAAAUCCCCUUUACAGGAUGUGGUGCCAACGUCCCCUGACAAUGGACAGACAGACUCCACCAUUGGAGACAACACCACCUCGCCAUCACAGCGUCCUAAAAGCUCUCGACAUGACAACAAGGAGUCCAUAGCCUCAGAGAAUCAUGACUGGGAUUCGCCUCUUUCCUCAAUCCUAAGGAAGAGUCCAUCUGAAGCCAGGUUAGGUAGAACCUCAGAGAACAGCCAGUGGGAUUCUCCCUUCCCCUUGCCCUCAGAUGGAGUGGAGGUGGAGACUCCGUUGCCCCUGUCUUCUGAGAGUAGCGAGGAGAAGAAGGGGUCAGUGGUUGGAGAACAGAAGCCACCUUCUCCACAGCCAUUGGCUGGAGGAGUAACACACACAUCUCUGGCAGAUAGUUUGCCUGAGAAUGAUCCUCCCAGACCCAAACCACGUUCCAGGACUGUUAAAAUGAGCAGCCCGCGGGCUGAGGAGAGGGCAGCGGAUGCUGCCUCCCCGGACAGCAGGGCUCCUACUUCAUCUGUGUCCCUCCCCUUGUCAGCCUCCGAUAUGGCCAGCAACAGCACAACCUCAUCUUCUGGCAAGCUGUCUACUACUCGUAGCCACAGUCCACAAGGCUCUCAAGGAGACCACUCAAUCUCAUCCAAACUUACCAAGUCCUCUGCCUCAACUAGAAGUCAACAGUCACAAGCUCUCUCCAAAUCCACUGAAGACUCUUGGAGUAAAGAUGGCAACAUUUCAGAGGACAUUAAAGAUCAGGGUGGAAAGUACUCCUCGUCAUUUGAGGAAUUUCAAGAGGACUAUGUGGUUCCCCUAGAACCUACUACCAGCAGGUUGAGUCAUAUGAGUGAAAAAUCUGAUACCAGACCCUCAAGCAGCCAAUCAAAAGGCAUACGGAAAUCCCGGAGCGUGAGCUCCUACACAGUGGAAUCCAAGUACUUGGGCUCGCUCAAAGUCCUGGACUGCAAGCUUCCCCUGAAAGAGGCCCAACCAGAAGCAUCUGAUGCCCUGAGGGCAGCCAUAUACCAGGAGUGGCUUAAAAAGAAACAAAAGAAAUUGCAAGAGACCAUGAGGUUGAAGAAACAAGAGGAACAGUUAAAGGAAGAAAAAAGGAAAAAGGAUGAACAAACUAAAACAGAAGAUGCCAAGGCUUCUUAUGAGGCUUGGAAAGAAAAUAAAUCAGAAGUCAUCAAAGCACAAAUCAAAGAAAAGCAAGAAGCGACUCGAAAAAAGCAAAGAGAAAUUGAUGAACAAGAAGAGAAAAAACAGUCGUCUAAAAAAGUGUUUGAGAAGUGGAAACAGGAGCAUGAUGAGAUCCUCAAAGAGAAAUACAGGAAGCGGAAGGAGGCUGACAGUAAAGUCAAGCAGAAGGAAGAAGAGAAGAAAGAGGAGAGAAAAAGAGAAUGCAAAUCUGCUGUUUCAAAUUGGGAUGAAAAAAAGAAGGAUGUUGUCACUGAGAAAGUGAAAAUGGAGCGAAGGAAACAGAAGAUUAAGGAGGAGGAGGAGAGAUAUGAAAAAGAAGAGAGAGAUGGGAUGGCCUUGGAGAUGUAUGAAAAAUGGCUGCUAAGGAAAGAACAACAACAGAGGAGACAGAAAAAGGAGAAGCAGAUCCAGGCGAUCCUACAAGACGAACCACCUCCUCCCUGGAGUCCGCCUAAUAAAACAGUACCAUUCGGAAAAUAGGGAUGCACUUGCUCAAAUGUUGUUGCUCAAACUAUUUAUACUCUUUUUAAUACUUUCUAAAUUAUUAAUGUAGUUUUGCAUACAACAGCGGUACUUGAAAAUUGCAAUUUAUUAUAAUGGUAGAUUUGUACCUAUUUGUGGCAGAUGUAUAACAAUUGCCUUGUGACAGGUUGUGAUAGGGACUGUUUGUAAUGACAUAUUUCUUCUCAACAAUUAAUUAGCAGUUUUUACAAUCAAUCCAAAAUGUAAAUGUUUGUGUUUGAAAGUAAAGAAAGAAAGAA